AUGGCGUCCAACAAACGAUUGAUUCAAUUGGUGAUAAGCAAUGGUUUAUACCAAUCGCUUUUCAAUUUAUCCCAGCAGUUACCGGCAGACCAUACCUAUGUGAGCAGCGAGCUCAACGACUAUAAGCGACAAAUAGAAGUCGAGUCAGACAUGGUACCGAUAGACAGCUUCUUGGGUGUUCUGAAGGAGACCUUCAGUCCUCAGAUUCGCCCACGAGUCAUUCACGGGUGCUUGCUGAUGAUCCUGCAAAACAGUACAGGAAUAAAUGCGAUGAAUAACUUCUCUGUGUCCUUUUUCUAUGCUUUGGGAUUUCAUGGAACAUCGGCUAAGUUGUUAUCAACUGGUAUAUAUGGAAUUGUGAAGGGCGUUGCGGCCACUAUCACUUUCCUCUGCCUGAUUGAUCGCUUCGGGCGUCGUCUGCUCGUGUUCGCUGGGUCAGUCAUGUGCACCUUUUCAAUGUAUUAUGUCGCUGCGUUCUCCGCCAUUACAGAUUCGUUCCAUACUUCCCAGAGUCCCAGCUCGGGCAGCUACUCGGCUGUUGCGGUUAUUUACAUCUUCGGCGCCGGUUAUAUUUUCCCUACUCGCAUUCGAUCCUUCUGCCUCGUGCUUACCACUUGUUCGCACUGGGUGGGAGAGUUCUACACAUCUUAUGCUGUCACCUACAUGUUUUCCAGCAUUACAUAUGGUACAUUCAUAUUUUUUGGCUCAAUGACAGUGAUUGGCGGGAUUUAUGUUUAUCUGUUCCUUCCAGAGACCAAAGGUAUCGCAUUGGAGGACAUGGACUAUCUAUUCGGUGGCCGAGGUUUGGCUCUUCACCAAAUCAAACGUUUUAAGGAUGGUCAAUCGACGAUUGAGAUCAUUGAAGGGAGAUCCAAUAGAUUCUUUGAGAGAGAAUUGGAGGAGCACACUGGCUCCGUACUCUAG